AUGUACAGCGGGGCGCUGCUGGCCACCGCGGCUCGUCUGCUGUGGGACCCGAGCACGUACACGUGGUUCAGGUACCUGUGUGAGACCCAGUACCGCGUCACCACCGGCUACCUGCUGGCGGCCGGCCUCUGGCUGGCCGGGCUGGUGUACGUGGCAGCCAGCGCGGCUCACCGACCGGCGACCACCUGCCUCCACCUGUACGGUGUGGGCGUGGUAUGCCUGGCUGUGAGCGAGGUGGCGUACGGCUCGUGGAUGGCGGCCUCCCUGUCCGCGUGGUGGCGCUCCGCCCCUCAGGCCGACCUGGUGCGUCACGGCAUGGACCUGCUUCAUGACAUCAAGCCCGCGCUGCUGGCCGUCGAGCGAUAUGCUCACGUGGCGCGGCCCAUCUACGCUAUGAUCGAGGAGGUGGAGCAGAAGGCGCCCAACAACGCGUAUGUGAUCUUCGUGUUCGGCCUCGUCGGGAUGAUCCUCCAGAUAGCGGCCUUCGUAAUGUCUCGCCGACUGGUCCGACGCGUCUACACGGACACGGGCUCAGGGGCUGCGGACACGGAGUGUGGGCCGCGGGGGGUGAAGGGCGUGAGGGGGCUGGGGGGAGGGGAGCGCGCUCUCGACCUGGAGGAGUGCUCCUACACGUGCGAGAAGAAUGUGGACGACGACAGUGACGGAGGACGGGACCCGCCGCCCGGCUGGAGGAAGAAGGCCAACCUGCGCAUGUACACUAUACUCGACAAGAUUUUCUAG